UUUGGCGCGGAAUUUGUCACAAACAAACCGACAGGAUUUGGAGUCGAGGUGGCGAUAUUAGACAUGGAAACCAUGGAGCAAAAAUUAGAAGAGGAAUUGAAACUACUGCAGCGAGAGAUCGAGGCGUGUGAAGCUGAGCAGGAUUCCUGUGUGCGAGCUAUUUCCCUUCAACAUGGAGAAGCCCUGCAAAGUGUUCUACAGACUCUGUACAACAAGAAGGAGAAGGGAGAUGGGACACUCAAGAAAGAUGUUUCGAAGCUCAUAGCAGAAAUUACUGAUACUGAGAAGGACCUUGGAAGACAGACAAAGAUCAGUGGAAUAACCCUCACAGAGUGCUGCGUGAAGACACUGGAGAAAAAUGAGAGGAAAACCAUUCAACAAUACAGACUGACUGGUCACUGCUGCUUUCUUUCAUUCCAAGUUGAAUUUGCUCUGGUUGACAUUCAGGAUAGUGACUGCUCCCUUCAGAAGAUCACUGACCUCAACAUCAUACUGGAUGGUGCUGAGUUUAAAGACUUGUGUGCGUUUGUGUCAAGAGUGGAGGAAACAAAGAGCCUUUUCCUGUUCUUUAGAACCCUGAGGUUGUUUUCAGAGAGAUGUAAACAAAGAAGUCGCACAUUCCAGUACUUCAAGGAGAAAUAUCCAGACAUGGUUCGUCUUCCAGAGGGCUGCAGGUCAGAGGUCCUGAUGAUCCAGAGUCCUAAACUUCCUGGGUGCACAAUGAGUGUUUUCUGGAACAUUAGUGUGAGCAAAGAAGGAGUCGUCCAACCAAAGCUUGAGCUGCUGAUGAAGAUGCCUGAGCAAGCCCAAAAGAUGGAUGCCAAUAACGUGAUGGAGACGGCACCCGAAGGCUUUCGAAGUCUUCUGAAGAUCUUUGGAGUGGAAGCCUCAAUUGAAAGUUUAAUCAAAUCUGUAUGUUUCUGAACAUUCACACAAACCAGGGUGAUGAACAAAAACACUGAGCAGAGCGUUUGUAUCUGAUCAUUUCAUUAAUUUUAUUCAGUAUAAACACCACUGUAUAGUCACCCUUUAAGAAAUUUAUUAAUGCCAUCUGUACACAUUCCAUCAUCACAUGUAUAUGUAUGCACAUACUGUAUGUAAAUAUACAUCAUUAGACAAUAGCUAGAAAAAUAAAUAAUUUAAAUACAAAAUGCGACAGUAAAAUCCACUUUGUAUUUCUGAAAUAGUUUAACAUUUUAGUCCUUACUUCAUCUGCAUCACAGUGAUUGUGAUUUCUUUAGAGGAUUAAAAUGAUUUAGAGGGUUUCUACGUAAAGUUCGUGAGUUAAGCAAUUACACAUCCUUCAGUUCCUUGUUGUGAAAGCACCAUCCUGUCUUGCGCCCUACAAGCAGAGCAUGAGUCAAUGAAAGUGGAUUAAUGGAACAGUUCAACUAAAUAUGCGUAAACUGCUAAUGAUAAAGGGAGCCCACCAGUUGGCACAACGUUAUCAGCCCAAAUGCUAACUAGUGGCUACUGGGGCUGGCCCGAAGAAAUGUUUAAGUGUGUCCGCUACAUAGAUCCUCUGUUCUCUAUUUAGUUUCUGAUGUUUUGUCCUAAAUUAUUUUAGCAUACAGUACAUUUAAUCCACAAAGGCCUUCAGUUGGUCUUCAUUAUGCAGCAUGUUAAAAUAACAGCUGUCGACUGCAACAAACUG